AUGAAGGCCGUUGUACAGGAUGGUGAGCCUGGAAAGGCGCAUCUGGCUACCGACAGGCCUUACCCCCAGCACAGACCAGGAUACCUUCUUGUCGACGUCAAGGCAGUUGCGUUGAACCCCACCGACUGGAAACACAUAGACUGGAUGAACCAUAAAGGUCUCCUGGUGGGCUGUGAUUACUCUGGGGUCGUUGCAGAGACUGGGUCCGGUUAUUCCAAACCAUGGAAAGUGGGUGAUCGAAUUUGCGGCUUUGCGCAUGGUUGCAAUGAGUUGCAACCUGAGGAUGGGGCGUUCGCUGAGCGCAUCGCAGUCAAGGCUGAUGUGCAGAUGCGGAUUCCAGAGAACAUGUCGUUUGAAGAAGCCGCAACGUUAGGCGUCGCUGUUGUUACUUGUGGGCAAGGACUCUUUCAGCAAAUGGGCCUGGACCUACCCUCACAGCCAUCUACGAAAGGGGAAUUCAUUUUUAUCUAUGGAGGCAGCUCAGCGACCGGUACUGUUGGGAUCCAGUUUGCGAAGCUCGCUGGAUAUACGCCCAUCACCACCUGCUCCCCCCGUAACUUUGACUUGGUCAAAUCAUUGGGAGCAGUGGAAGCUUUUGACUACAACGAUCCCGAGUGUGCGACCAAGAUCAAAGAAUAUACCAAGAACAAUCUCAAGUACAUCUGGGACACGAUCUCCCUGCCCCAAACAGCCCAGCUCUGUUCAGAGGUGAUAUCGCCUGGGGGGACUUACGGUGCGAUUCUGAACGUUGAAUUCCCGCGUAAGGAUGUCAGGACCACUUACAGUUUGGGAUACACUGCAACUGGGGAUCCUGUGAAGAAGAGGUCUUUUGAGAGUAAAGACAAUGCCAAAGACUUCGAGUUUAUGAAGACGUGGAUCGAAGAAGUUCAGCCGAUUUUGGAGCAGGGACGCUUGAAAGUUCAUCCCCCAAAGGUGGGCAAGGGGCUCGAGAACGUCUUGGAGGGUUGCGAUUUGUUGAGGCAUGACAAAGUGAGCGGUCAAAAGUUGGUGUAUGUUUUGUGA